GUGCUUCAAAACUGAGGACAACUGUUUGAAAAAGUUUAUCGUUUAGAUUCUGUGUCACCCCACUGGGCAUUAGAGAAACAUAAAGAAGAAAGAUGGAAUUUAUACCUACUAAUGCCUUUGUGAGCCCUUUAAAUGGAUUUUUGAUAUUACCAUCAGCAACUCAGAAAAAGAAAGGUGGCACCAUGCAUUCUAAAUUAGAUGACAAACCACGAAUGUAUGCUGUUGGAACAAUGCAGAAAGUCAACCAGAAAAUUGCAAAUUUCAGAGCAAGAUUGCAAAAAUUUGACAGUAGUGACCUGGUAAUUGAGGAUACAAGUGGGAAAAAACCUUCAGGACAAAAGAGACUGACAUCAAGGCAAAUUAGGGGAAAAGAGAAAGAGUGGAAGGCAAUAAUGAGUACAUGUGUUUCCGCUGAUACACGACAUCAGACCAAAACACCCCUGAAGAAGGUACCAACGGAAAAAGAUAAACUUGUAGAAUUAUAUCAAUAUCCAGGGUACAAUAAGCAGGAAGUGACGCCUCUGCCAAAUGGAAUGGACAUAGACGAAAUUGUGGAGAAAGUAAUUCAAGCCCAAGGAAAAACACCUAUUGGGAAGACAGCCUGGUCUCUGAAGAUGCUACGCGGUUUUCUCAAAGCUCCCUGCACCCAAGCUGUUUUACUGGAUAGUUUCUGGUGGUUUUUUCUACACCUGUAUCACCCAAAUCCAGAGGCUCAGGGAUAUUUGUUUGACCGCAUUGCAGAAAAUUAUUCCCGCAUUCUACUGGGCUGUCACAAGGUUUCCAACCAGGAAAACAUUCUAAAAUUUUUCCCAUCAUUGCUGAGUCAAACGGUGUAUACUUGCUUUUGCUCCUGUUUCACAAGGUCAUGGUUCAACACUCAGGAAUUCAAGGCCCAGCUCUGUGACGUCUUCUGCGAGUGGCUGGGAGGUACACUUCAUGCUCCAGGGGAUUACAAUCAAUGGGAUUAUUCCCAUCUAGAACCAGAGCGAUCCAGGAGAGAAGACAUGUUUUCAGGAAAGAGCAAAUUAGGGUCUGAUGAUGAAGAUCCCUUUGGUACUUCCACAACCUCUGGCAGUUCAAAAAAGUCUUCCAAGUCUUCUUCUCGAAUCCAAAAGAGACCUGAGCGUUUAAGAAAGACUGUUAGCAAGCCCACUCAAGGACUCCAGAAGCUUUCCUCCAAACUUAUAAAUCAACCUUCUUCCUCAAGAGAAAGUUCAUGUUCUCAUCUUCAGUCUGCAUUGCAUGAUGACCUGUUCAGGCAAAAGGAUUUAUGGAACAAACAAGGCACCCUAAAAAAGAGGCUAAAGAUUGCUUACCUUCCCAGAGAGUCACACCCAGCCUGUCAUGGUCCUGAGUUCACCUGGCAUCUCUUGAAUAUCAAUGGGCGCAGCCCACUAAUUCAGCACUUCCUUCAGAAUCACAACCGUGAACCAAAGGCAGGAUGUGACGUUUUUAUGUCUCGGAGGGAGAUUUGCAAGCCUAUGCCCGCUUCUGCUGAGACAUAUGCAGAUGUGAUCAAACAAAGUUUCAGCAUCCUCUACCAGAGCCGCAAAGCUUAUAGAAAGGCAUUUUUGAGACACUGGAGAGAAAUGAAGAAUUUUGACCAGCAAUGCAAAGAGAACCAAGAGCUUUUCAGACAAGAGGAACAAGAAGAGAUUAAGAAAAAAAAUGCAGAAAAGAAGAAAGAGUUGCUUUCUCUUCGCCCAGAUGCACUGGACACUUCACACAAGAUUUCAAACUAGAUACCAAAAACCUGCAUCUAGGAACCUGAUUUGAGUCCAUUGUAACAAUUCAGAGAACUUAUAGUUGAAUGGAGAUAAAAAUACACUUUUCAGAUGAAAUAC